AACUGGUGCACGUGUAUAUACACGACACCUUCGACCCUUUCGGCCGCGUUCUGGACAGUCCAUUGCUUCUACUCCGCGUGGCGACAGCAGCAUUUGUGUAGCGCUAUAUCGAGGAGCAUUCUUAGCAUUGCACGACCAACCACAAACACAAUCACACGUCUUCGUUUCCCCCCAUCGGCUUUGUUUGGUUGACAAGUACACCCCCUGUAUUCAAAAUCGUCAGUAACAAUCUCAGCCAACAUGCCAAAGAAAGCCCUGUCGUUGGAUGAAGCCGUCGCGCAGGGCCAGCGUCCGUCGACCCCUCGAUCCCUCGAAGCUUGUUUGCGAACAGGCAUCGACCCCGACGAGAUUGUCCCGAGAUUGCUGGAAGAGUUUCUCAGCAAGUUGCGCAAGGCUGACGACGUCGAGCGCGAAGCCGCGCAAAUCCGAUUCAACCAUUUUGAAGAAGGCCGACAGAUGAAGAUCAGAUUGCUCAAGAAAGAACGGGCGAGUUUGGUCGAAGCUGGGUACACGUCGUCGCCGUCACCGCUGACAAAACACGCUAGUCCGACCAAGCCAAGUGAAGGCACUACCAACAACAGCCCCAAUAAAAUCACGUCGCCGUUCGACGUGUUCACAGCGCCCGAGGACAAACUCGUCGUGACCGACUCGACCAUGGUUGAAAUGGAAGAAAAACGGUUCCAAGCUAUGAAAGUUCGACAAGAGCGAGAGAUUGCAGGCAUCAUUGAAAUGGAAAACAAGAUGGCCGAAAUUCAAAAGCAAAACGCGGCGCGAGAAGCGGUGGAAGCCAAGCGCAAAGCAGAGUGGGAAAAGGAAAAGAAGGAGCGCCGCGCCGCUCUCAUGGCGGCAAAACAUGAACGGGAACUCGCCAAGAAAAAGGCCGAAGACGCCGAGGCUGUUGCGAGGCGGAUACGGGCAAAGCGCGAAGCGGAAAAAGAGAGAAUUCUGCUAGAAGAAGGACGCAAAGAAGAAAAGCAGCGGCAAAUUGAAAUGGCAGAGCGCGAAUUGGACAGAAAACUCAAAGCCGAGCAACACCGACGGGACACGGAAGAGCUUCUUCAGCAACAGGAGAAUAAAAUCAUGGAGAAUCGGAGGCGUGUGAUCGAGCGGGAAAAGCAGGCGCAGCGGAAAAUGGAAGAAGCCAACGAACGACGUCGACAAGAAGCGCUAGUUCGACGGGAAAAAGCCAACACUCGGAUUCAAAUGGCAUUGGAGCAAAACCAACAAGUGAUGCAAAAGAAGAAAAAAGACUUUGACGCCAAGCAAACGCUGGCCGCGGCGCGCGCGAUGGAAGUCCACAAAAAGGAAAUGCUAGAUUUGAAGGCACGCGCCGAACGCAGUCGAAAAGAGGAAGAAAUUCGCAUCCAGCGGGUCGAAGCUGCGCGAAACAACCAGCAAAGCCGCGUGCAAACGAUCGUGGAAAAGCGGUCCCAGCUCGAGUCACAUUUGGACGUGGUGUACCACGAACGCAUCAAAGAUCGGACUCUCAAGUGCGUCGAGCGCGACGUCACGUUUGAAGAAAAGAAGGCGAACGUCGAACGCAUUAAAAAAGUCGAGGAGUUCAACCGACUGCAAACCCUCAUGAAAAUCUCCCAAGAAGACUCGCGGAGCCGCAUGAUCAAAAUGAAAAAGCAGGCGCUGAUUGAAGCCCGCAAAAAGAUUGCUCUUGAGUCGUUGGUUCGCAAACAUCGCAUCGCCGAAGCCGUGGGCAACAUGCGCAUUUCCAACAAGUGGGAUAACAUCAAUGAAAUCAUGGAGAGCGCGACCACGUCAAGCCCAGGCAAGGACAAAUCGCGCAAGAAAAAGCUGUCGAGCUCGAAAUCGGCGUCCGAUUUGGAAACCCCCACGUAUUUAUGAGAUGUAAAACCCACCCCCCCGUUGAUUACUACAUAGUAACGAACGACUGUAAACCCAACAACACGUCAUAGCUUGCA